AUGGAGGGACAGGCCUCGGAGGGUGGCGAGGAAGGCCCGGGCGUGUGUUCUGAGCCUUCCGCCCGCCCGGCCUACGCCCACGAGGGCCAGGCAUCUCAACUAUGUGGCCGGGGCAAGGGGGCGGCACCACUACACACGUCCGUUUGUGUGUGGCACUGUGUUGGGCAUUCUAACACGCAGGAGUUCAUCGGGUUCGCCACGCUGCCGGAGCAGGUGCACCGAAAGAGCGUAAAGCGCGGGUUCGACUUCACGCUCAUGGUGGUCGGGGAGGCGGGGCUCGGCAAGUCCACGCUCGUCAACAGCCUCUUCCUGACUGACCUGUACAAGGAGAGGAAGAUCCCCACCGGAGAGUCCAUGGUCAAGAAGACGGUGAGCAUCGAGAAGAAGACGAUUGAAAUAGAGGAGAGAGGCGUGAAGCUGAGGCUGACCGUGGUCGACACCCCAGGUUACGGCGACGCGGUGAACUGCGAGGAGAACUGGAAGUCCGUGGAGCGCUACGUGGAUGAACAGUUCAACAAGUUCUUCCAGGACGAGUCCGGCCUCAACAGGAAGAACAUCCAGGACCACAGAGUGCACUGCUGCCUCUACUUCAUCCCGCCCUACGGACACGGGUUGCGCCAGAUGGACGUCGAAUUCAUGAAGCGGUUGCACAAGAAGGUGAAUAUCGUGCCGGUCAUAGCCAAGGCGGACACGCUCACCAAACCGGAGAUUCAGAAGCUUAAAACCAAUCUGCUAAAUGAUAUAGAAGAUAAUAAAAUUAAGAUCUACCAGUUCCCUGAGUGUGAUUCAGAUGAAGAUGAGGAGUUCAAGCAACAGGAUCGGGAAUUGAAAGCUUCCAUACCAUUUGCUGUGAUUGGGUCCAACUGUGUGAUUGAGGUUGCGGGGAAGAAGAUGAGAGGGAGGCAGUACCCCUGGGGCAUUGUAGAAGUGGAGAAUCCUGCACAUUGUGACUUUGUAAAGCUACGAACCAUGCUCAUAUCAACCCAUAUGCAGGACAUGAAGGAGGUCACGCAGGAUAUUCAUUAUGAGAACUUUAGGGCUCAGUGUAUAUCUCAGAUGCAGCAGGUAGCACUGAAGGAGAGAAACAAGUUAAAAAGAGAGAGUGCAGCCAAUUUCGACACUGUUGGUGACACAGACAAGCUGCUUCAGCAAAAGGAUGAGGAGAUUCGCCGAAUGCAGGAGAUGCUGAGCCAAAUGCAGGAGAAAUUGAAAGAAUCUGGUAAGGACCCGAGUGCUGCUCUCUCCCUUGAGCCUGGUAAACGAGAUUCCGUGGUCAACGUGUGACAUCACAGCUCCUUCCUAUCCUUCAAUUACUUUGUAGUUACUGCCUGUUUGAUGUGGUGUCUCAACAAACUGUUCAUGAUGUCAUUAGUGUGUUCUUGUGAUAACCCAACCAUUUCUGCUUGUUCAUGACGACAGUCCACACCCUCUGUUUGUGUGGAGGAAGGAGUAAAUGGUUUUGGCAAGUAGUCCCACACUCAUACACAUCCUUCAACACUGCUGUCAUAUGGCAUUUGUAUUUAAAAUUAUCACCAAAGGUUCCAUAGUGGAAACUAAACUAUUUUCUUUUUUCCUUUUCUCUUCUCUUUACAUCAAAGGUAUUCAGUGUUACCUCUGGUAAAUACCAUAGGUAUUUUACCCAUUUGUAUUUUGAGACAUAUAUGCAUUUUUUUCUCUUUCGUACACUAUAAUGUAAAGAUCUUGCUGUAAGAAAUGAGAGCUGCCAUAUGGUCUCACUGGAUGAUGCUACUGACUAGUAGUUACAUGUGCUUUUUAUCACUUUUAUUGAUAUAAAGUAUGCUGGGACAAUAUAUUAUGUUAAAACUCCUGAUUUGCUGAAUAUCAUUAUAUUGUGUUACUUAUUUGUAUUUUUUAAUAUGAUUUCUGUGUCUUUUAACCAGGGUUAAUUUUGUAAAUAUUUUUCCUCUGUGAAUGUAACUUACCUUAUUUUAUAAAUAAAAAUUUCUUAAUAGUCAAACAAAUGCUUGAAAACAUGUGGUAUGUUUGUAUAUUUCUGACUGUCCAACGUGAUGGGAUCAGCCCUUUACGGCAAAUGACUUUGUAUCAUACAACUGUAUAGAAAUCCAUUCAAAUUGUUCUUCAUUAUCUGUUCAGUGACCUCAUUUGUGUAAUUUGUCUUAAAGCUGGCCAGCAGUUUUACAGGCAACACAACUAUUUUUAACAUUAUGUGUCACUGUUGUGCUUACAUGUAAACAAAAUAACAUUCAGUUAAGAGUAGGUCAAGUGUGUAUUACUAAAACACAGUAUUACCCAUGAUUUCAUAUUUUGGGCUAUUCUAUCAAGGAAUGCAGAUGUUACUUAGAAUAUGUAGUUAUGUACCUUUACUUCUUACCAGACUUUCAUAUUCUUUUACUAUUACAUGUGAGGAUUUCUAAUAAGAUGCAAAACUUUUUUUUUCUGAAUUGAUUUGGCGAAUGUUUUAUUACUAAUAUUAUUGUCUUUGUCAGUUCUUUUAUUGAAUGCAUUUGAUGACUGGCAUGAUAUUUUCAAAUUAUCACUCGUAUGUGUCUUUUGCGACUAAUUUGCUCCGGUACCAGACAACAAAACCAGGGUCUGUGUGCUUGACCGUAUUCCUUUUCCUCUUUGCCAUGGUGCUUUGUGAGAAACGACCUCUGAAUGACUGACAAUGCCACAUUCCUUGCUGUCACUUUCCUGUUUUUUUGUUUUUUUUUGUCAUUAUAUCUCCUAUGUCUUUAAGACCAGAUAUGCAGCUUUACCUGUGGGUUUUACUUAUCAUAUUUUAUUUGUUUAAUCUUUAGUGGACUAUCUUUCCCUUCAUAAGUUCAGAAUGAAGGUUCACUUCUCAUUUGGUGAAACAAUGAAUGUCAUAGAAUUAGACCAACGAAAUGGUAUAUGGAUAAGCUAUAUUAUUUUUUGGCUUUAUACAGGUGCUACAUAACUAUCUCCUAAGCCCUGUAACUAUCAGACUACACUACAGUAGAAAUUAGUUAUAUUAGUGUUAUUUUCAAUCAUGGUCCAGUGAUUUAGGGUUUAGAAAUUUUUUACAUAACCAUUCUGCCUUACUCAUAUCUUAACACAGUCAAAGCUCAUUUGUUUGAAAGAAAGGAAAUUAAAUAAUGCUUACAAAUGCCAUUGUCAUUACAUGAGUGCAAAAAAGAAAAGAAAAAAAAAGUUUUUCAUCCUACAAAUCAAUACAUGGAUAUACACAUGCAUGCAUGUACAUGCAUACACACACACACAAGUACACACACACACACACACACACACACACACACACACACACACACACACACACACACACACACACACACA